UGCUUCUCUAGUGGCCCGGGUUACGGCAGCCUCCCAUCCGUGGGAAGCACGUAGGGGCGCAGGCGUUGCAGCCUGGGCGGCGUGGGAGGGUCCGCGGCCGCUCGCGGGCCUUCAGCCACACAAACCCUGUGGAGAGUGAAGGUGUGACCGAUACCCAGGCCCUGGCGACUCCCCGUCGUGAAAUUACGGAUGCAAAGAGCAGCCGGGGACGACCCCGACAGAGAUUGUGAGAACAGUGUGUCCCAAAGAAGAAAAUCUUUCAAGAAAUUGUUUUGGGGGGCUAUAUUAGAUUCCCAAUGGAAGUUCCUCCAGCCACCAAACUUGAUGAGACCUUUGUAUUUGAGAAUGGGUUGGAGAUGCAACAAGAAUUCUUCCCAGAGGAGGACCUGGGGGACCCUUUUCUUCAGGAAAGGGGUUUAGAGCAAAUGGCUGUUAUCUACAAAGAGAUCCCUCUUGGGGAGCAAGAUGAAGAACAUGAUGAUUAUGAGGGGAACUUCAGCCUGUGCUCAAGCUCUGUUCAGCAUCAGAGUAUCCCCUCAGUAAACAGACCCCAGGAUGAUGAAAUAUUUGGUCAAACUUUCCUCCAGAAGUCAGACCUUAGUAUGUGUCAGAUAAUCCAUGGUGGAGAAGAACCCAAUAAACAUGAUUGUGAGCAAGUGGGCGGGGGGACCUCGAGACCUAGUGAACUUCAUAGAACUAUACAACCCGCAAAACCCUAUGCAUGUCGGGAAUGUGGGAAGGCCUUUAGCCAGAGCUCCCACCUUCUCAGACACCUGGUGAUUCACACUGGGGAGAAGCCCUAUGAGUGCUGUGAGUGUGGGAAGGCCUUCAGCCAGAGUUCGCACCUCCUCAGACAUCAGAUAAUUCACACUGGGGAGAAGCCCUAUGAAUGUCAGGAAUGUGGAAAAGCCUUUCGCCAGAGCUCAGCCCUCACACAACAUCAGAAAACUCACACUGGAAAGAGACCCUAUGAGUGCAGAGAAUGUGGGAAAGAUUUUAGCCGGAGCUCAAGUCUCAGAAAACAUGAGAGAAUUCAUACUGGAGAGAAACCUUAUCAGUGUAAAGAAUGUGGGAAAUCCUUCAACCAGAGUUCAGGUCUGAGCCAGCAUCGGAAAAUCCACACCCUGAAGAAACCUCAUGAAUGUGACCUCUGUGGGAAAGCCUUUUGUCACAGGUCUCACCUCAUUCGCCACCAGAGGAUUCACACCGGGAAGAAACCUUACAAAUGUGAAGAGUGUGGGAAGGCCUUCAGCCAGAGCUCCAACCUCAUUGAGCAUCGGAAAACCCACACUGGUGAGAAACCCUACAAAUGCCACAAGUGUGGGAAAGCCUUCAGCCAGAGCUCUUCACUCAUUGAGCACCAGCGUAUACACACCGGGGAGAAGCCCUAUGAGUGUGGUCAGUGUGGGAAGGCCUUCUGCCAUAGCUCUGCCCUGAUUCAGCACCAGAGAAUCCAUACUGGGAAGAAACCCUAUGCUUGCAAUGAGUGUGGCAAGGCCUUCCGGCACAGGUCGGCCCUUAUUGAGCAUUAUAAAACUCACACUAGAGAGAAACCCUAUGUGUGUAAUAAAUGCAGCAAGUCCUUCAGGGGAAGCUCACACCUUAUUCGACAUCAGAAAAUUCACGCUGGGGAGAAGCUGUAGAAGGAGCUCACAAAAGCUUGAAAGUCUUCCCUGAACCUAUGUCCAACUGCUUUGACGGAUGACCCUUCCUCCCUCUCUGAUAAAAGUGCUGAAUAGAAAGGUGCCAACCUAAGCACUCCUGAGCCAGGUGCCCUGAGCUCAGCAGAUUUACGGAAUAAAAGAGGGGGGCAGAGCGAUAGGAAGGCUGUUGAAAUGGAGGCACACUGGAAAAGAGGGCUGACUUUUGGUUUUCUCGUUCUCACAUUUGACUUCCAAACCUGUGAGAGUGAGUUUUGCCCUCUACUUGCUUUUCCCAGUAUCCAGAAGAAGAAAAAAAUGGCAGAGGGAGGAAGUUGAGUUAAAUCAGUGACAUAUUAGAUGAACUUUUUAACAGGCCACCAGUCUGGCACAUUUUAGGGGACAGAAACUGCUCAUAGUCCAAAUAGCUAAAGAAAACUGAAUCCAACGGCAGAUACCUCAGCAGUAAAACAGGAUCUUCUAUCUGGCUUGGGCAUUGGUGGGGACAACCUAAACAAGUCACAGAACAAAGGGAGAGUCUGGGAGAAUUCUUGGGUUAUGGGUAGGUGAGGAUGGCCAACCCUUGGCCACUCUUAAUCUCAAUUGUGAGUUUGGGUGAGGCUGGUUUCUGACACAUGGCUCUUUCACAAAGGGUUAGAGGUUUGGUCCUAUAGAUUGGAGAACAUUUGAUGCCCAGCUCUGACUCAGCCUCAGCAUUGUUGCCCUUCAGGAAUAGCCCCCUCAAAACCCAGGGCCCCUGAAACCACAGCAAAACCUUGUUCUGGUGGCCUUUCUACCCUCGUGUUUGUGUGUGUGUGUGUGUCUCCUGGGAAGGGAAUUGUUUAGGACACAGGGUGAUUCAAUCAUAAGGCCUAGGUUCAAGUUCUACUUCUGCCUCUUUCUACUACUGUGACCCUGAGGGAGUCCCAGGACUGUUACCCCUCCUGUGAGAUGGGGAUAGUGGGACCUAGCCACACACUUGUAAGAAGUUGGUGCAAUGAGACCAAAUGCUCUGGCAACUGGGGAUUGAAGAUAGAGAUCUCCCUACCCUAUCUGGAAGUACUUUCUCUGCAGGCCAGAGGCGUCUCCAUCUGACUUCUGAAAUAACGGCUUGCAGCAGACCCUCUCCUUACAGCAGGGCUCUCUGUCACUCUCUCAAGCUUGUACCCUAGGCUGCAGGUGCUUUGUUAUGUGUUAUCCCACACAUGGAUAUUUCCCAGGUGUCAUCCCAAGCCUCCCACAGGUGGAAACUGGGUCCUUGUUCCUGUACUUCUCUCCUUCCCACUGCCAACUGGUAUUCCCCUGAGGUUUGCUUAAUAAAGGGGCUCAGACAGUGAUGUGUUUUCAUAGCUCCCUAAGUGAUUGCAGUACUGCAGCACUGAGCUGGCUCUGAGCCCUGUGCUGGACGCCUUGUACCCCAGCAUCUCCUAGAUGUCAGGCCUGCUCACCCUAACUGCAGAGCUUGAGUCUGUUCUGCUUCACAUGGUAGCUGUUUGUCCCAGGCCUUCAAGCAUUUGUGUGGCCGGAGGGAUGGGGGGAGGUAGGGCAGAGGGGAGAGGUGUGAAAGGGUCUCUCUCAAACUGACUUUCCUCAGAGCUAAUAGAAGAGGGAGGACACAGUCCCUGCUAUUUUGAAGUUUCCGGAAGUUUAUGACUGGGAUCCGUGGACUCAUUGAGUUAACACUGGUUAUUUCAACUAAUCAGCUCAGCUGGGCAGUUAUGUAUAUUUUUCCUGAAUAAAAAUGGGAAGUCAUAAUUGUUACUUAGUAAGUGGGGCUUGUGGGCCAGACAUUUUAAAAUGACAGGUCUGAUGGGCUGGAGAGAGAACAGUGGGAGCCCCACAGUGAGAACACUGCUCUUCCCUUCAGCUCCUGUCUUUGUUAUAAGAGUAUAGGGAACAUUUAUCCAGCACUUCAGGGUUCCAAGAACCUGCAGCACUGACAGCCAGAUUGGUCAGACUGGGUGGCUCCCGGGAUUAUAGCAAGCAGCCCCCUAGGAUCUACCUCCUCUGCACCUCCCAUUCCACCUCAGUCCUGUCCUUAUUUGCCUGUUUCCUACCUUUAAUGUCUCCCUGUGAAUACUUACGUACACCCCAGCCAAGUUGAUUUAUUUAAAGCAUCAUUUUGCACACGUCACCACUCUCCUUAAAACCAAUCUUCAUGGGCUUUUUAUGCUCAUGAAACCUCAUUUCAGCCAGUCUGGUACCCUCCACCACCCCCCCAAACAAGCCACAAGGGGUUCAUGCCACCCUAGAUGCCCAGAUGCUUUUUCCACUGCCAGAUUCUCAGCUCAUUUUAUGUUCUCACAUUUUGGAAUAUGCACUUUCUGCUUUCUCAACCCCUACCUCCAACCUGCUUCUUCCUUUUCACGAUUUAUGUUCUGAGGAUCAAGAGCCCCUUUCUGAAGGGUUGACAUUCUCACAUAACCGUGGUUAGACCAGAUAGUUUUCUUUUUUCAAAGUGUGAGCAGAACCUGGUUCCUUCUGUUCAGAUUCUUUCUGUAUUAUGUAUUUUAAAAUCCUUUUCUUUAGAUUUUCAAAGAGUGUAAUGUUAUAAAGAGAUCUUCCUGGUAAUAUUUUAAUCAUCUUUGAUUUAGUUGUUUGUUUUUGUUUUGUCUUAUGAUUUUGUUCUUCUGGCAGAUUUUGAGUGUUGUAAGACUCUUGAUUUUGUUUCCUAAUCAAAUUGUUUUGUCAAAUUUAUGUAUUCUCCUUUUUCUUUUUUUGGCUUACAUUUCUAAGAUUAAUUAUUUGAGGUAGCUCAUCAUUUUUAAUAUCUUGUAAAUGUAGGUACUUUGGUCUAUGAUUUUUUUCUUAUAGCUUCUUAAAGUUUGACGUAAAUCUGACAUGUGGUGGUAUUUUUUUGGUUGUUGUUGUUAUUGUAUUGGAAAUUCCCUCUGGGCUCAAAUGUCAUUUUUUAAAAGUAUUUCCAAGUGACAAUUGCUUAAAGCAUUGCUAUUAUUGUACUGUGGUGUGAACAUUUCUACGUGUCCAUAGAAUUUCUUUGGGCCUGAAUAUAUUAUCAGUUUUUCUAAAGCACUUGUUACUCUUAAGAAAUGUAUUUUUACUCUGUCAAUUCUAUUUGUUAACUCAAUUGUUAAAAUUAUUUUAUUCAAAUCUAUAUCUUCUCUAACUUAUUUACUUCAGAGUUGUUCACUGGGCCCAUUGUCUGCCUCGGAGUCUGUGAGCAUGCAAGGGUGGUAAAGAUUGUGGAUUCCUAGGGGCUGAACCAAGUUGUGUGGAUAUGUGCAUGAAUGAAUUGUUCUGGAUGGAGUGAGGAUAGAAUCUGUGGCAUUCACAUUUUGGAAGUGUUCUGUGUUGUUAAGAUCACUCUAUUCCUGAUCUGAACUUAGUCUUAUUUUGUGUGUUUUACUUUCUGUAUUUCUCUUUCAUUUAAAUUUCAGUUUCUCUUUUGUGUAUGUUAUUGCUAUAUUAAUUUUGCUUUUCUCUCAAAUCAUUUCUGAGAAAUAAGGUAUAAUUUAUCAAUAAGUAGUACCUUGCUAUUUGGGGCAUUUAUAAUUAAUGACAUACUGAAAAACUGUGCCUUAUCCUGCCCUCUUUGCCUCUUUGAAUGCUUCUAGGUUCCAUUUCUCUCUUCCAAAUAUCAUUAUUGAAGUCCCCCCUUUUUGAGUGAAUUUGCAUGAGAGUUAGUAUAACAGUUUAUUUUUUAAAUUUGUGUAUUUUACUAUACAACUUAUAAACAGCACAUUAUUAGAUUUUGUUCUCUGAUGUUCUUGUAAUUCUUUUUCUUUUUAUGUAAGAAGUUCUACCAUUAUCAUUGUUUAAAGUAAGGCAUAAUUUAUUUUUACCUUAAUAUUUUAAUAUGUAUUAACUCAUUUAACCCAACAGGUCCUGCUCACUCCCGCCCCCAUCUCUAUGAAUCGUUAACCACCUGUGGAGUGUCAUUUCUGGGUAGCCCAGAGGUCCACCAUGGGAUAUAUCUUUCCUUGCUGUCUCCAUCAGUGCCAGGCUCUGUCCUGAGCCCACUUUUUAAACCAGAGUCUCUGACUUGUAAUGUGGAUGAAUGAUGCCAGCUCACAGCCCUGUGGGACUCAGAGGAGUAAGAAAUGCAAACCUGCGUGACGAACUGAUUAUUACACUACUUUGAAAUGUUUCCUUAAUUUUUUGUUCUAAUUACUCCCAAAGUUUUUUCCACCAUAACUUAGAACAUUACAUUGUUAUUUACUUUACAGAUAUGUCCCACCCUCCCUGAGUGAACUCACGUAGUCAUUUGAAGAGAGAUGGGGACCCUGUUCUUGUACCCUCUAUCCCCAUCUUCUGUCCCAGAGAGGUCCCCUCUCCCACUACCCUCUACCUGCCUCCUGCGGUGGGAGGGGGGAAGCCCUGUCACAGCUAUAAAUGCUCAAGAGGAUGGUCAGUUUCUGGCUGCUGCUGUUGCAGGUGGGGAAUGGGCUGACCUAUCAGAGUUGCAGUGAUUUGGGUCUGCCAGCAGCCAUGGGGACAAACAAUGUGAGAUGUGCUGGGGCCCCAGCCAGUUCCCAGGACUUCCCAGCCAGCAAGUGGGUUUAGUCACCACAGGCCAAGGUGAAAGGGAAAUCCUCUCAAUUCGCUUAGAGCCACUACGUUAUGGGGGGAUGAGUGGAUAUUUGCCAGCAUCACAUACAAAAUAGAUAUAUUUGCCACAGUGCCUAUGCAUUAAUUUACUAAGUGGGGAGAGAACCCCAUUUUCAGUAUAUGAUAACCCAGGGAACCGAGGCAGAGGUUGCUUGUGGCAUGUGGAAUUGGGACAUCUUGAGAUGGACCAUCCUUCCUGCACCACAGGCCAAACACUUGCCUUGUCAGACUGCUGGUGGGAAUGUGCUGCCUCAUUCCCUGCUGCCUUUGGUCUAUCAUCAAACUCAUGCCACAGUGGCUAGCAAUAGCUUGGUAGCGCUGAGAUAAUUACCUGUGCUACCAGGGAGGCCUGGUACCCUCCAGUGUUUGCUGCUUCAUUCCCUGGCUGCCUUUGGUCUGUCACUGCAGUCACAGGACCCUCCACGCUGCCUUCUCUUUGCUGGGUUACCAUGCUCAGAGAUCUAUGAGCCUGCACAAAUGGAAGGCUUCUAAGAUCGCCCCAUAUUGGGAAGGGUCAGCUUUGUUUUUUAUGAUCAUUUUUAAACAUUUAUUUUUAUUUAUGCAUACACGAACUGGGGUGUAGGCCAGAGGUGCAGGGAGUGAGAGGAUUCACCAGAGAUAGAGUGGGGAGCAGAACAGGCAGAUCUACUGAAAUCCACUGCUGAGAGGAGCAGCGGGCGAGGCAGGAGAGGUCUGCUGCGCCAUGUGGGUCAGCUCCCUGGCUGGGGAUCAAACUCAUGCCACAGUGGCUGGCAAUAGCUUCGUAGCACUGAGACUUAUAACACCUGUGCUACCAGGGAGGCCUGAGAAGGGUCAGCAUUAAAUCCCUUCUCUUUGCCAAUCCAACAGCUAGGCUAGCUGUUCCUCCCAAGAGAGAGCUGGGAGCAACUCUCUCCCCUUUGGCCCUCACUUAGGUCUUCCAGCUCCUGGCGCUCUGGAAGUGGGGGAGGGAGUCACAAACAGCCAAGUUGUAAUGCAUUCCUUACUCAAUCCUCAUGUCUCCUCAUCUCUUGGAAAAGGCAAUGGCACCUCCUAGAGAAGACAGGUCUUCUCUCAGGACCACAGUCACCCUCAAAAUUGAAGAGCUCAUCUAGGCACAUAGUGAGGGGUGGCAAGAGAGUCCUGAAAGCUGGUGCUGCUUUAUCUAGGUCUUAGAAUAACCCCUAAUGCCUCUUUCUCCUCUUCUCAGCCUAUGCCAGAGUUCCUCAGGCCUCUCUCUGCUCAUCUUCAUUUCUACCCACUGAGCCAGGGACUCUGCAGGUUUCCUUGGCCUCCAUGUACCCUGCUGGGCUGCAGAGUGGGCCCUCCACCAACAUUUGGUGUGUGAAUAAGCGACUUUCUCUUGCCCAUCCCUCAUACCAAUGAUGUUUCUCUUUCCUCCUGACUCCUCUUCUUCAGUCUCACUGAUCUCAAGCCCGGAGUCACACGCCACCUUCUCUACCUUCUCAUUUGCUGAUUCCACCAAGUCUUUAACAUUGGUUGAUGCCACCUCCUCUUGUCUGACCACUCUUGCCUGCUGCUGUCCCACUGCACAGCCUCCCCCUCCCUGGCUUCUGCCUUUGCCUUUCUCCCCUAAGAGUGAUCUUUCUACUCUGCAGCCUGAGAUCACUGAUUCCUCAAACACCUCCAUUGGUUUCCAGAAAAACCUAAGUGUUAAGGGUGGAUCUCUGGCACCUUCUAGUCUGAUAUCACCGCCACUUUCCCUACCAAGGCCUCCAUGUUUCCCUCACCCUGAGCUCCUGUGUUCCCAAACAUGCCUUCUUCCAAUGAAAAGGACAUCACUCUGGGAUGCCCCUCUUCAUCCAUAUCGCAUGGGUCGAAGAAGGGAAGGUCUCUUCCAGAGUCAGCUAUUCUGAGGCCGGGCCUCCCUGCUAAGUCCCUCUUGAGGCCUGAACUAUAUUCUGGGUGUUAGAUGCAGUUGAACAAGGGAAGAAGGUCAAGUUUAGGAUCAGGACAGUAUUUUGGUUAGUAGAAAAUGAAAAGAAAGGGGGACCAAGGUAAGAUGGCUGUCUCACAUGUCACUGUUAGGCUUUCACAUGCAACAUCUGGCACGUUUCCAUAUCUCCUGAAAACCAUGAUUUCACUAGCUCCCAUAACCAACUUCUGACCUGACGCCCCAGGCCUCAGGCAGAUCCUCACAAUGGUGAUCUUCAUCUUACCCUAUUUAAUGGAACCAAGAAUUUGGAUGUAAGUCCAGUUCACAGAAGUGUGAAGUGGACAGACCUUAGAGUCAAUUUCAAGAUUCACAGCCUGAGAUCUGGUCAUUUCAUGUUCUCAGGCUUCAGUGGUGAAAUCACUGGCAGGAGCCUCUUUCCCCACAGUAUGUGGAGAAGGGAUUGAAAGAUCCAACUACUUAAUGGGGACAAAGGAGGACACCUGCCAGUGCAGUCCUGAGAUACAGGGGAGGAGGCCACCAGGGGACUCUCUGAGCUCAGCCAGGGCAGAGACGGGGGACUAGCACCCCAGGCCUCUUCCUGGUUCUUACCUGCCCUCAGGAGGCCUACUAGUUGCCUCCCUGGCCUCUCCCCAGGGUUAGAGACCCUGCGUUUCCUCCCUUUUGCCUUAGCCAUUUUCAGGCCUAAAGCCAGAUCUGCUGGGGGCAUCCAGUUCCAGCUAUGUGGCCCCAGGAAGCAACAUUGGGGCCUCCUCCUCCUCAAUGCAUGAGUGUUUCCAGAUUUUAUAUGUAUUUCUCUGUAAUCAUGGAAAAAGUGGCUCAUGAAUGAGAAAGGUUAAGAAGCUUGGAUAAGGCAGUUAACAAACAACUUAAUGGCCAUCCAUGUAGCAGAAUGUUUUAUUUACAUAUAUAAUUUAUAUACUUUCUUACAUCAUUGUUCAUUUUUGUACAAUGUUUGCUUUCUCUUCUCAGGUGUAGUCACCAUGGAAGUCCCACCUGUGCACCAUCACCAUAGUCCCUGGUGCUUUUCCCUCCCCUGUUUUGAUUUCUCUCCCUCCCCCUCCCUUGCAGAAUGUCUCUGAUUUAUAGUUGCUUGUUAAUUUGUUUUUUUAAUUUUUUGUUAUUAUUUUCCUCCUGAUCCCUUAUUUUUUCCCCUAUAGUCCUUCUGUAAGUGAAACCAUUUGAUAUUUUUCUUUUUCUUUCUGACUUGUUUCACUGAGCAUAAUCCCUUCCAGCUCCAUCCAUGUUGCUGUGAAUGGCAUUAGUUUAUCUUUUUUGACUGCUGAAUAGUAUUCCAUUGUGUAUAUGUACCACUUCUUCUUGAUCCAGUCACCUAUUUUUGGGCAUUUGGGUUGUUUCCAUAGCUUACCAGUAAAUAGUGCUGCAAUAGUCAUAAGGGUGUAGGUAUUCUUUGGAAUUAAUGUUUUCGUGUCCUUUGGGUAGAGGAGAGGAAUAGCUGGGUCAUAUGGUAGCUCCAUUUUUAGUAGUUUGAGGAACCUCUACACCACUUUCCAUAGUGUUUGCAAUCCCACCAGCAGUGUAGGAGAGUUCCUUUUCCUCCACAUAGCAGGAUGUGUUCUAAUGCGGAGUAUAUUCUUUUCAUGCACACGUGGAACAUGCACACAUCUGUGAUGACAGUUUGUGUUAACUCCAUUUACCUCCUUCAGCCAGGAGAGCUUGUGGCCCAGACCCUCGGGAAUGAAGAUUUGGGUGACCCCCACCAGGCAAAUAAUAUCGAGGCACUUGCCGAGAGAAAAGGGAAUACGGACUAGGCCACAGAAACCAUAAACAGCUGCUACAUGAGCAGUCACGGGAUAUUUCUUAUUUUGAUAUUAAUAUAUCUGCAUUUAUAAGAGCCAUUUCUCUCCCCACCACCAUUUCCCUACAAUCAAAUACAAGAUGUGUUAAUAGUGGUUAACAUAUUUUGGUAUCAAAGUUAAAGGAUA